GCAUGUGCAAUCAUCCUUUUUUCUUUUUUCUUUUUUUCUCUCCGAGUCCAUCUGUGUGUCGCGGGGAAGAUGGAGGGCACGGCGUACGGAGCGGCCAGGGCCGGAGGAGCCUUCGACCCCCUCACGUUCCUCCAGCAGCCUCACACCGUCCUGCGCAUGGUGUCCUGGCUUUUCUCAUUGGUAAUAUUUGGCUGCAUUGCUAACGAGGGCUAUGUGAACCGGCCGAACGAGGUGGUGGAGUACUGCGUCUUUAACCGCAACCAGAACGCCUGUAACUACGCCGUAGGAAUGGGCACUCUGGCCUUCAUUUGCUGCAUGGCCUUCCUGGCACUGGAUGUCUACUUCCCCCAAAUCAGCAGCGUAAAAGACCGUAAGAAAGCCGUGCUCGCUGACGUCGGGGUGUCAGCAUUUUGGUCCUUCGUCUGGUUCGUGGGCUUCUGCUUCAUGGCCAACCAGUGGCAGGUGGCAAAAUCGGAGGACAAUCCUCUAAAGGAGGGUGCAGACGCCGCUCGCGCCGCCAUCACCUUCUCCUUCUUCUCCAUUUUCACCUGGCACCAGAGCUGGACAGAUGACCUGCCCCUGUGCCAGCAGUGUGGUGUGGGCACGGCCCCAAACUGUAUGUACAGCGCUGAUGGCAAAAGCACCCAGAUGCACCCUAAUGAAGACGGCCACUUCCGCUUCAGUACCGAUUGCUGUUUCCUGUACGGGGUGUUUAAUGGUUACGAUGGCAGCCGAGUGGCAAAUUUUGUGUCCCAGUGUCUAACUGCAGAGCUUCUCCUGGGCCAGCUGAACUCUAACCACUCUGAUGCAGACAUUCGUCGCAUCCUCACGCAGGCUUUUGAUGUAGUGGAGAAGAGUUACUUUGAGACCAUCGAUGACGCACUGGCAGAAAAGGCCAACCUUCAAGCACAACUCCCAGAAGGGGCGAUGUUUCACCAGCUGUCUCCCCAGAGCCAGAAGAUCGCAGAAAGGCUGAAGACUUUGGAGCAGGAAGUGUCUGGGGGAGCCACGGCCGUUGUAGCACUCAUUCUCAACAACAAGCUGUAUAUCGCUAACGUGGGCACCAAUCGAGCCCUGCUGUGCAAGUACACCAGCGACCGUCAGAAUCAGGUGAUUCAGAUUGGACGAGCCCACACAACCGAUAACGAAGAUGAGCUGGCCAGACUGGCUCAGUUGGGCCUGGACCCAAAUCGUCUUAGACAGACGGGGAUAAUCGCAGGCCAGGGCAGUUUGAGGCGGAUCGGAGACUACAAGGUGAAAUUCAACUACACAGACAUCGACGUCCUCAGCGCGGCUAAGAGUAAGCCAAUCAUCGCAGAGCCCGAGCUUCACGGCGGCCAGUCGUUGGACGGAGUCACAGGCUUUCUCUUGCUGAUGUCAGAGGGGCUCAUUAAGGCGCUUGAGGCAGCACAUGGACCUGAGCAGGCCAAUCAGGAGAUGGUUGCCAUGGUGUCAGCUGAGUUGGCCCAACAGGGCAACGUGGAGGCGGUGGCCCAGUCGGUGGUGGAACGCGUGAAGCGGCUUCAUCAUGACGCCUACGCCAGACAGAGAGCGGUGCAGUGUUCACGCCACGAGGACAUGACCCUGCUCAUUCGCACCAUUAAUUACCCUCUUUCAGACGGCUCGCUUACUCCAACGCAAGGUGGGCGUAUCUACCCAGUGUCAGUGCCCUAUUCGAACAACCAGAGCACCAGUAAGACGAGCGUGACUCUCUCUCUGGUCAUGCCAGCCCAGGGCACGCUCACCAACGGGACCAAUACGGCUUCCACGCUGGAAGGAGGCACCCCCACGCCCGGGCAAAGUCCCACGGCUACCCUACAGUCCACCAACACACACACGCAGAGCUCCAGCUCCAGCUCAGGCGACGGCAGCCUCUUCAGACAGCGUGCGAGCCAGGCGGCGCAGCCGGACGAGACGGGCCGCGUCCCGCCCUACGUCGACUUUACCCACUUCUAUCAGAUGUGGGGCUCGGAGCACAGCGAGGGAUCGAGAGGUCCAGGACCUCAGUAAAGGACAAAUCGAGGAACGAGGCCGCUUCCAGCAGUACGGACGUGUAGAAUGGAUUGUAGUGGCACGCAGUUACACCGAGUGUCAAUCAGCAAGCCUUUGUGUAAGGACUUUAUUAAGGCCAAAGUGUUUAAUAGCCUCAUUCUCAAGGUAAUAGCCUCGGAUUCGCAGUGCCUGCCUUUUCUGUUUGGUGCAGGAGCAUUGUUCAAUUACAGGUCAAUUUUCAUUGGAUGAUGAAAUUCAAACAUUAUUAUUAUUAUAAAUAAUAAUAAUAAUAAUAAUAAUAAUGCUCUUAUGUGUUUUUAUAUAUAUAUUAUAUCUUAAUCCUGCUGAACAAAGCCAAUCAGAUCCUAUGUGAUAAAAUAUCAUGAUGAAAUGUCACUGUUAAAGUUUUCGAGGAUGUUAUAAAAUGCAUCAUGUGACUACCAGGGGGAAAAAAUACACCAACAAUUAUAAAUUAUAAACCGUAUCAAUUAGUGGAGUAAUCUAAACACCAGUACACCACCACGAUUUUUCGAUCUCUUACUCUCACAUUGUACGUACGGACAUUGAGACUGUUUUACAUUUAGACUUUUUUUUUUUAGUAAACUAAAUGUAUCACGAGAGUUAACUUUUGUUACGUUUGUAACUGCAUCCAAACCGAGCACUCUGAUACGAGGCUAAAAGUGAAUCCUUAAUAACAGGGACCUUCAACAUCUCCACACAAUACUAUGAGACAGUGUAGCGUAACCUCUUUCUUUGUGACAGAGAUAUGUAUCGCCCAGCUCGGAUUCCCAACGCACGGACACGGCUGUUUGAGCUGCUACGUUUUUUUUUUUUUUUACGCUGUACCUGGUAAAGCCCUGGCCACGAUGCUGGAACUCUGCAUGCUUAUACCGUAUCAUACGCCGAGUUCUCUAAUAGACGCCUACCAGCUGAAGAUCCAGAAGGGAUUUUAUUAUUUUUUUAUGUUAAAUAAAGCAUGAGGUAAAGCUUUAA